ACUUGAAAUCUUUUCUUCUUCGCGCCUAUUUAAACCAUCCCCUUCUCUUCCACUUGAAAAAUAAAAAACCACACUUUCGUUUUGUUAUGGCGCCUAGAAAGACCGCUUCAUCGUCUCCCCCGAUCCCAAUCGGUAAUUGCCAAGUCACAGUCGAAGCUAACAAUUUCAGUUGCCAGUCGGACCCAAACUCCCUCCAAAUAUCCCUCUCCAGAAGCGCCAAAGUCACCAUCUCAGUGAGGAAAGAGGUGGAAAGAAAUAAUGGCGAUUGUAGUAUUGCCGCGCAUUUGGAAUCUGAAGAGAGAGGGGGUGAUCUUUCGUACGUGCUCGUGAAUCCCAAAGAUGCCAAUAGCUGUCAAAAAUCUUAUCUCCAGGAAGUACUGAAAAUGUACAUUAGGGAACUUCCUGCUAUGAAUUUUGCUGCUAAUACUGGAAAGCAAUCAAUGUUUUUAAAAAGAUCUGUUACAAAUGGGAAAUACUGCACUUUGUUUUAUAAAUCUCAGUCUCUCGCAGAUUCUGAAGGGGUUAUAGCUGCAAUCAGUUACCAAAUAGUUCCUGCUGACACACAAUAUGCUGAGAUUCCUCUGACUGCUGUUAAUUUUCACUACCAACGCAAGGGAUUUGGUAGCUCCUUGUUCAUGGAGUUGAGAAAGAGACUUCAGAGUGUAGGCAUAUGUACAAUAUUCUGUUGGGGUGACAAGGAAUCUGAAGGGUUUUGGUUUAAACAGGGUUUUGUACCAAUAGCUGAGGUGGAUGCCAAAGGUAGACGCUGCAGAUUACCUAUUAAAGCUGACAUCCGCAAAGCAUUGUGCUUUCCUGGUGGUUCAACCCUCAUGGUUUUACAUCUUAACCAGGAUGUUUCCGGGAAUACUUCAGACUCUUUGAAGUUGGGAGUUUCCUUGAAGCCUAAUGGAAAUUCAUCUGCUGCUUUGGGAAACCAAGUGCUGGAAUUUUCUAGAGGGAAUCGCAAUACUCUGAAUGCAAAAAAUCAAACGUCUUCAAGAAGUGAAAAUUAUCAGCCUGAAGCGUUGGUCAAUGAUGGCCUUCCAAGAGAAGAUAACCAGUCUGUAGGUUAUGGGUCUUGGGAGAAAUUGCAGCGUUACAGGGAUUCAGUUCCUCUCACCAGAGUGGACCCCAGCAUGUUGAGCAGUGGUGCGGAAUUAUCCAAUAUUGGAACUGAUGCUGAUGAAACCCACUUACCUUGUUCCAAACAACCUUCAUGUGCAAAGAGAAAGGUCUGGGAAGCUUCAACGUCUUCAUUGAAGUCAAAAAAAGUGAAGGGAUGCCAUCUGGUUGGCUUCCGAUCCGAGUCUAACUGUAGUUUAGUUCCAGAAACUGAUGGAAGUGAUUCUUGUCUGAAAGGAUGCUCCUUAGUUUCUUCCAAAUGCAAAUCCUUAGUGGCAGAUCAUCCUAGAGAUCUUCUGGCUAGUAGUCACGAGGAAAAUAUUGCUGAAGAAUGCGGACUAAUUAAUAUAACAUCAGAAACUUUAGUCAGGAAGGAGUUUCAGUCACAGCCAGAAUUAUUUAAAAUCAUGUUGAUGAAUAUUGCUGACAAUAGAAAGAAAGCUAAUCUCACAAAGGUAAUUGAGGACCUUGGUGGUGUGAUUACAUCUGAUGGAAGUACAAGCACACAUCUUGUCACUGGGAAAGUGAGAACCACUUUGAAUUUCUGUACUGCUCUUUGUUCAGGGGCUUGGAUGGUUUGUCCGUCCUGGUUGAAAGAAAGCUUUCGUCAAGGAAGAUUUGUCGAUGAAUCAUCUUACAUAUUGAAUGAUCAAGAAUACGUACUUAAAUACGGAACUGAGUUGAGAAGUGCAGUUCUCAGAGCGAAGGCAAGUCCCCGAGGCUUGUUCAAAGGCUAUAAUGUAUGCAUAGCAGCUUGUGUUCAACCUCCUGCUAGGAUGUUGUCUUCCGUUGUAAGGUCUGCUGGUGGACAUAUUAUUGGUGAACUGGAGAAAGUAAACGAAGCUUCAAAAACAAUCUUUGUGGCAUGCGAGGAAGAUAUGGAAAAAGUAUCGUUGGCCGUAGAGAAGGGGAUAUGGACUUUUAGCAGUGACUGGCUUAUGAACUGUGUCAUGAGACAAGAGCUUGACCUGGAGGCUCCCCAGUUUGCAGAGUCCCUCUGACUUUGAUGAGAAAAUUGCAUAUAUAAAUGUCUGUGUCGCAUAACCGUACGUCGAAUAAAAGAGGAAGAUAGAAUCAAAAUGUAAAGUCUUCUGUACAUUUAGUAUAAUUAUUUGUAUGCAUAUGUUGAACCAAGAAAUUAAGAUGGUUUGGUUUCCUCAUAAGGACAGAAACAGAUUGUCAAAAGGCUUUUAUGCAGGAAUGCUUUUGAAGCAUUAGUAUUUAUUAAUCAAGGUUUAAAUUUUUCCAAGACUUAGGGCAUUGGUUGUACUUAUUGAGGAGGACUUGCACAGUUGCAUGGUACGGGUACAUUGUCACGGUGAUGUCCCGUGUCUAUGAAAUAAAAAUAUGUAAGUUUGUUUUGUCUAUAUGUCCUUGUUUUAUUGGCACUUGAAGUUAUAUGACUAUAAACCCGUAUCAUA